AGGACCUUGGCUACCGGACUGUGUAUAUACCUUUCCCAUCUUAGGAAGCUGGAAAAUACACACUGUGAACUGAAGGCACAGAAGAGUCAACUGGCAGCUGCUGAGGAAAAUUUGAAACUGGUUACCGAAGAGAUAGACAAGUAUAAACAAGAAAUUGGAGAAAUGCAAGAUCAGCUGCAGAAGGCAGAGCUCACCUUCAAACACAAGGUCGCAGCUUAUGAGAGAAGCGCUCUAGAUAAUUGGGUUAAGGCUCGGUUUUGGGAGAGGAAGUUAGUGCAGCAGAGCAGGGAGAACGCCUACAUGAAACACAGACUGCACAUGAUGAGGAGAGAGACGCCUCCUGAGGGAUCCAUGAGGCAGGAACCGAUGCCGGGAAGAUCCGAGAUAUGGAACCGUGUGCAGAGAGAAUCUAGACCGGUUCCCAGGAUGAACAGCAGCACCAGCCCGAAAAAGGACCCGGAGAUGGCUACGGUCGGUACGGAUGUGAGAGGGUUUUGUCGUGCUCCAAGGCCCCCCCAAUAUGCCCUACCCCACGCGGCGGUGUUUACCAGGCUUUACUGGCUAUGGCUACUUCAACCUCCUCCACAUGGGUGGACAGGGGGGCCUCACCCACAGCUCGUUCCUCCACCACAUG